ACAACAGGUUGGAGUUAAACUAAAAGCCAAUCCAUAUAAUGUUGAGAUAUAGGUUUUACUUAUUAGGUUACAUUAUCCUUCAAGUGCUAAUAAAACGAAGUAAUGGCGUAAUUUAUACUUAUGAAGACGUCGAGUUAAGGAGGAUAUUCCCGAGUGAGUUUCCGCAAGAUACAAUAAGAAAAAGUGGAGCUUCUCAUCCAGAACAUUUGGGACGAUAUUCAGAGCUAAAAAAUUAUUUCAAAUAUCCAAAAUCAAACUUGAACGCCCACUUCGAAGAACUCGUAUGUUUUGACGAGAAUGGUAAAAAGGUAUGCAAAGUAGACUUGGAUAGAUAUUCUCCUGAAGAAGAUCAAUAUUUGAUGUCUACUGGAACGGAAAGUCAUUUGGAUAGACGCCGGUUGGUAGUUUUCGCCCUUGUAGCAGCUGUUUCCUGCGCUCCCCAAAACCCACAGGAUGUUCAAAUCCUGCGAUAUGACGUGAACAAUGCUGGACUUGAUUCAUACAAUUUCGCAUGGGAGCUGUCAGAUGGCACUAAGCAUGAAGAACAAGGACAGUUGAAGAACAUCGGCACUGAAAACGAGAGCUCUGUUGUUCAAGGUCAAUACGCCUGGAUUGGUCCUGAUGGUGUCCAGUACACCGUUACUUACAUAGCGGAUGAGAACGGUUUCCAACCUCAAAUUCAACAGGGACCAGGCGGAGCGGUCCCGUCAGCUGUCGUAGCAUCACUAUUAGGAUAAAUUAGGCGAAAUAAUAUCGAAAAUUGUAAAUAGUUAAAUUCCUGAAGCUGUAUAUAAUAUUUAUAUGCGGAUUCAUUUAUUCCUUACCAAUUGUAUUAUAAUAAAACAUAAUUUUAUUCGUA